GAUGAAUCAAACCCUUCACUUUGCAGGUGAUGUCUCUGUUUAGAAGGUACUAGGAGAGAAAACGGCAAAAGGUCUGAUUGCCAGUGACGGAUUGGAAAACUUUGUGUGGAAACAUGUCUAAUGAGAUUGAUUUCAGAUCUGUGCGCCUUAUGAAGAACGAUGGGAUGGGCUUCCAGAAAUACUCCUAUGUGAACGAAGACGAGGCUUGGAAGAGCUACCUCGAGAACCCCCUGACGGCAGCCACCAAGGCUAUGAUGAGGGUCAACGGAGAUGACGACAGCGUGGCCGCCCUGAGUCUCCUCUAUGACUAUUACAUGGUUCCAAAGGAAAAGAGGAUUCUUCCAUCGGGAACUACAGGACGCAAUGAAAUUGGGAAGAGGCACUGCCACGGGAUGGAGUACGAACCAGAGAUUUCGUCCUUUGAAAGUUCUGCUCAUCUCAUGAAGCUCCUGGCCGAGAACGUCUCCAUUAACCAGGAAUAUCCUGACCUGCCCAAGAAGAAUGGGUUAGGCUUGGAUGGCAUCCCCCCUCCUCACAAGCCGCCCGCGUUGCCCCCUGGCACAAGCAAGCUGGAGGCCAGUCCAGACCACUACAUGAUAAAUUCGGGGGACGUCUAUGACAACGGCUCUCUCAGUUCCCUCUUCGACACAAUCCACGUGGCCCCUCCGCAACAGAGAUGGCAGCCGGACAGCACCUACAAAGAGGACCCCCAGGAGUCUGUGAUCUUCAAUGAUAUUCUCAAAUCCCAGACAGAAGCACCAUGCUCAGAGGCUUACUCCGCUGAAGAUACCAAGAGUGACUUUGAAUAUACACUGGGAUCCCCCAAAGCGAUUCACAUCAAAUCGGGUGACUCACCCAUGGCCUACCUCAACAAAGGACAGUUCUACCCAGUCACCCUAAGGACUGUUGGAGACGCCAAAUGUUUACACUUGACUUCCAAUAAAGUGAAGAGCGUUGUGAUGGUCGUUUUCGACAACGAAAAGAUCCCAAUGGAGCAGCUCAAAUUUUGGAAGCACUGGCAUUCGCGCCAACCCACGGCCAAACAGAGGGUCAUCGAUGUCGCUGACUGUAAAGAGAAUUUCAAUACCGUGCAACAUAUCGAGGAAGUAGCUUACAACGCCUUGUCCUUUGUCUGGAACAUUCAUGAGGAAGCAAAGGUGUUUAUUGGGGUGAACUGCCUGAGUACAGAUUUCUCCUCCCAGAAAGGCGUGAAGGGAGUCCCUUUGAACCUCCAGAUAGACACUUACGACUUCAGCACCGGGACAAACCGACUGGUCCAUCGAGCUGUGUGCCAGAUCAAAAUAUUCUGCGAUAAGGGAGCAGAGAGAAAAAUGCGGGACGAUGAACGCAAACAGUUCCGGAGGAAGGGGAAGUGCCUGGAUGCUAAUAAUAACGGUCUGAAAAGCUGUUUGGUUUCAGGCUUCCGAGGCAAUGAAAUCACAUACCUCAAGCCUCAGGCAGAUUUGGAAACGCAACCCGUCUUGUUCAUCCCAAACGUCCAUUUCCCAAACCUCCAGAGAUGCGGAACACAGGCAUUGCCUACCGUUGGUGUUCCUCAUGACCCUACCAGGUUACCCUUGAAGCGAAGCUGCCCUUCAUUCACAGACGAAUUUGAUCCUUUAGCUUCAAAACAAGCGAAGGAAGAAGACCCUCAGCGAGUCUUGCUCUAUGUGCGGAGGGAAUCGGAGGAGGUUUUUGAUGCUCUCAUGCUGAAGACGCCAGACCUGAAAGGCCUGAGGAAUGCUAUUUCAGAAAAAUAUGGCUUGCCUGAAGAGAGCAUCUACAAAGUGUACAAGAAAUGCAAACGAGGAAUCCUGGUGAAUAUGGACAACAACAUCAUCCAGCACUACAGCAACCACAUGGCAUUUUUGCUGGACGUGGUGGAGGCUGAAGACAAGUUCCAAGUGACCCUCAAGGAGCUCUAAGGACUUGAAAGACUGUGUGGCCGCUGAAAUGCCACUUACAAAGCUGAGGAGUUCG